AUGUCAACAUCCGACGCCAAGCUGCCGUCCGGUAACGGUGCUUUAGUGGUCAAGAAACCACCGGCGAAGGACCGACAUAGUAAGGUUGAUGGCCGUGGUCGCCGUAUCCGUAUGCCUAUCAUCUGCGCCGCUAGGGUUUUCCAGCUCACCCGUGAGCUUGGUCACAAGUCUGAUGGUCAGACAAUUGAAUGGCUGCUCCGGCAAGCGGAACCCUCGAUUAUCGCCGCUACCGGCACCGGCACAAAUCCAGCUAGCUUCUCCAGUGUUUCAGUUGCGCUUCGUAACUCCAAUGCCAAUUGCUCCCUCUCCGCCGCACUGGAUCAGAAACCCCCUUCCCAGCACCUGUUCUCUCCGACUCCAUUUAUACUCGGAAAACGACUCCGGGCGAAUGAAGAUGGUCUUGACGGACACAAAGAAGAUCAUAAUUUGUCUUCCGGUACAGUCACCACCGCCACCCCUGGAGGAUUCUGGGCUCUACCAGCCAGGUCAGAUUUCGGUCAGCGUCCCUUUCCGGGCCACCACCGCCGUCGUCUGGCCGUAGAGAAGACGAUACUCGCUGAAAUCAUCAUCUGGCGAUGAUAACUCGACAAUGGGGAUAUAUUGAAGAUAGACGAUUUGCAGAAAGGACCGCCAUUUUUACUCUGUUGGAUCCCAUUCCCAUUCCUGAUGAAGCUUGUUGGCUAUGGUGAUGAACAAGUGUGAUUUGAUAAUCUCGAUUGCAAUUUCUCAACGAAUUUGCAUCUGGUUUUUGUUUUGCCUCUCACCCUGUUCUUGAAAUUGGAUGGGGAUGGGAGGGGAGGGGGUGGUUCUUCUCCCUAUAUUCCAUGUUUUUUCAAGCUUUUUUUUUUUUGGAAAGUUUAUAUUCAAUUAGAUUAAUAUGUAUGUGUGUGGGAAUAAUGUAAUGUAAUUUUGAAUUAGUUUUUUUGUUUUGAAUAAAGAAAGACCCAAUCUUCUAGUUAU